GGUGGAAAGACAAAGACUGAGUCCUGCAUGUCGGAGGGGGGCACGUGUCGAGAUCUAAGAGGACAGUGCGUAGACGUGCCCUCUCGUUCCACCCAGUCGUUCGCUUGACCCAUUGCUGGCUGAUUGUUGGGUAGGCUCGGUUCAAUAAUUCGCCUCUUCCCCUCUCUAUAAAAACCCACCUCCCCCCUCCCCCCUCCCCAUUCUCAAUAUAUAUAUAUUCAUUCCUACAGCCACCCCAAGCGCCACCUCCUCCGCCGCCGCAGCUUGCCAUAAUCUCUCCGGCGGAAUCCUCCAUUAGAAUCAAGAUGGCUCGCUCCCUCUCCGCUGCCAAGGUUUUUGCUGCGUCCACCUUCAAUGGCCUCUCCCUUGCUUUGAGCAGGCGCGGUUACGCGGCGGCAUCGCUUGGCGCCGUGUCGGCGAACUCCGGUGCGGGAGGGUCCAGGGCUGGAACCGCGGGGAAGUUUGAGGAGAGGGCUGCGACUAAGGAAGAGUCUGGGGCGUCUACCGCGUGGGCCCCUGAUCCCGUUACUGGGUACUACAGGCCCGCCAAUCGUGCGGCUGAGAUCGAUGUGGCGGAACUCAGAGAGACGGUCCUGAACCACAGGAACCCAAGUUGAGAACUACAACGUGGUUGGGUGCUUGGAAGGUCCGGUACUGGCCCUCCCAAUUACUCGCGACUCGACCCUAUUGGAAGUUGCUAAAAUUUUAUUAUAUUACGAAAAAUUUAAAUUAUGACAAUCUACAUUUUUAAAUUUUGUACUGUACUGUAAUGUGACACUCAAUGUAUAAUUAAUUUAUGGAGAAGGGAUAUACAUGAAUAAAUUGUUAGGUAAUUAUUUCA